AUGAAGUUCCAGAUGACUUCGUCCCGCGCAGUCGCGCUGAUCGCCUUCGUUGCAUGCGCCGAGGCUGCUCGUCAUGGUCAUGGCCACUCCCAUGUUCGUCACCAGGAAGCCCGUUCCGUUCCGGAGAACACUACGCUCCAGAAAAAGAGCGGACAGUGCCAGUUCCCUACCGAUGCUGGUUUGGUCGCUGUCACUCCCAAUGAGCAGAACGCCGGUUGGGCUAUGAGCCCCAACCAGCCCUGCGAGCCCGGCAACUACUGCCCCUAUGCCUGUCCUCCCGGUCAGGUCUCCAUGCAGUGGGACCCGGAGGCCACCUCCUACACCUAUCCGAUGUCCAUGAACGGUGGUCUCUACUGUGACGAGAACGGCGAGAUCCACAAGCCUUUCCCCAACAAGCCCUACUGUGAGGAUGGUACUGGUGCCAUGUCUGCCAAGAACAAGGCUUCCCAGGCCGUGGCUUUCUGCCAGACUGUGCUGCCUGGAAACGAAGCCAUGCUGAUCCCCACUCUGGUUGAAGAGCUUGCUACUCUGGCCAUCCCCGGCAUGUCCUACUGGUGUGAGACUGCCGCUCAGUACUACAUCAACGCCCCUGGUGUCUCGGUUGAAGAAGGUUGUGUCUGGGGUACCAACGCUAAGCCCGUCGGUAACUGGUCGCCCUACACUGCUGGUGGCAACACUGUCUCCGACGGCAGCUCUUACCUGAAGAUUGGUUGGAACCCCAUCUACCUGGAGACCACGUGCCCCUUCCGCAACACCAAGCCCACCUUCGGUAUUGAGAUUGAGUGUGAGGGUGGCGGCUGUAACGGUCUUCCCUGCAAGAUUGAUCCUUCUACCAUGGAGGUCAACGAGAUGAGCGCUGAGGAUGUCUUUACUGGUGCUGGCGGCGCCACUGGCUGUGUUGUCACUGUCCCCGCGGGCUCCAAGGCCAAUAUCAUCGUCUUUGACGUUGAUGGAAGCGACGGUUCCAGUUCCAGCUCCAGCUCCAGUUCCAGCUCCAGCUCCAGCUCCAGCUCCAGCAGCAGCUCCAGCAGCAGCUCCAGCAGCUCCGAGGCCUCCACCAGUACUGCGGUUCCCACCAGCACCAGCACUAGUACUCCUACUCCCACCUCGACCAGCACCAGCACCACAGAGACUCCUACCCCGACUUCGACCAGCACAUCCACUCCCACUCCCACCUCUACCUCUACCCCCACUCCCACCUCUACUUCAAGCUCCACUUCGACCUCCACUGUGAUUCCCACCUCGACUGUCACUUCGUCUAGCACCAGCACUCGUCUGCCCAAGUCAAGCCCCUCCAUGAGCUACACCUACCGUCCUCACGUCUUUGCUCCCACUGGAGCCUCCGAGAUUUCGUCUUCGGGAUCCGGUUCCAACUCUGGAUCCUCCACCACCGGUGCCGUCUCGGCUUCUGCCACCAGUACCGGCGCCGCCACCAGCACUGCUGUCUCCAUGAUGACUAUUGCCCUCAGUGCCGUGGCCGCCAUUUUCAUGAACUUCUAA